UGAGGUCUUCGAAAUGUGGCUUUGCAUGAUGCUUUCUUUAACAACUUGGCGUUUGAAUGAAUUUUUCAUAGCAUUCAUGGAAAUACAAAAACUCAUUUACAAAAUGCAACCCAUUAUAGUGCCUUGUUCUUCCAUUGAAGGGCUAUACCAGCGUAUCUGGUUUUGAGGGAGCAAUGUAAAGCUGGAGAAAGGCUCGUAUGUCGAGACGGGCCACAUUUUUGGCUAAGACGAUGACAAGGGCUGAAAGCCAAACGCUGCUUUCCUUCUACAUCCCACUUUCUCUUGAUUUUUCGUUCAUUUGAUCUAAAAGAAAGCUGGAACAAUAACUAAGCGAAGCGAAACGAAGAAAAUGUUGGGAUAUUACAAUUUCUUAGAUACGCAUGAAAUUGAUUUAAAGUGUGGUGAGCUAGGUGAAAUUGAAAGGUGUUCCUUUUCUAUAAAGUCUUGCUGGACUUUCUUCCAACGAAAAUCGUAGUCGUGAGUGUCUCAUUUCGAGCAGGCGCCAUGUCGAGCACUUGCCAGCAUAACUUGUACAUAUGUCAUUGUACGCCGAGUAGCAAUGACCCAUCGCCGAUACAUCCAAAUUCGUCGAGGGGAACAAGAUACUCUCUGGCCUCUCUUGGAGCAUCGUCUUCUUCCAACGGCGUGAUUACCUCGUGCAGCACAAUCGCUCCCCUGUACUUGACAUCAGCUGCAGUGACUACAAUGACAUCUCCGUCUUUGAGAAAUCAUUAUCAACGUGAAAAGUCUACUUCCCUGUCUUCCUUGUCGCCAGACAGGAAUGUUUUGGCUCAUGAUGUUGGAUACAAUACGAUUCCUCGUGUCAUAGUUAAUGCCAAUGGCCAUGUUAGAAUGACUUCAAACUUGGGAGCUUCGAGCAUAAUUCUUUCUGGAACUGGAGAACAAAUUCGUUUUAGCCCCUCAGUGUCCGAAAAAUACAUCAAAUAUCAAAAGUUUUGGCCAGUAGCGGAUUCCUCCAAUACAGAUGGAACAUCGCGGGGUUGUCUGGAAAGGAUCGUCUUUGUUCUUCUUACAAUGGUUCUAGUUAUAAUUUUUCUUGUCGCUGCAUUAGUUUUCCUCUACCUGGGAUCGAAUGGUACGGACUCGUAUUCGAUCGUGUUCAGUGGAGACCCAACUGGUCAAAGCGAGGUUGUCUCUGACGCUAGCAACAAAAAUGGAUUUGGACGUGUUCAAGAAGAAACAAACUCCGCUGGCGGGUUCAGUAUCAAAACUGAAAAUUAUGGGAUUGAUGUCGUUAGGGUACGAAACCACGAGGGAAAGCCAUUACCGGGGGAAACUUCACCUAACUCUAAGAGAGUCUGCAUAAGUCAAGAGUGCUCAAAAAUCAGUAGAAAUAUACUGCAGAAUAUCAACCCUGAGAAAGACCCCUGCGCCAGUUUCUAUAACUUUGCGUGUGGAGGUUGGAUGACCAAAAACCAGCCUCCUCCCAGAAGAAUGGCUCAUUCGGUGAUGUCUCAAGCAAGAGACCACGUCGAUGUCUCACUCAGAGGUUUACAAAAAUGUCAAACAACGCUUCAACUCCUUUUUUAUGUCCCAUUUUCAUUUUCAGAUUUAAUAGAGCAAAUCAUUCCGGAAUCGUCAGACACUGUAGAUUCAAAGCUCCGAACUUUCUAUGAUAGUUGCAUGGACGUGGAUAGCAUUCGGUCGAAAGGAUCAGUUCCAGCCUUGGAUUUCUUGCAUCAAAAGUUUGGCAAAUUUAUUGUGAAUCAUGAUAUCAGCCUAAAUAAAGCUGUUUGGAAACAAGCAGAGGGUCAUGGUUCUGAAACUAACCGCAGAUAUCUCACAGAACUUGUGCUAAACCUAUUAAAAGUGAACGGAACACCUCUUUUAGAUAUCAGUUUAGACUUGGCUCCAAGAAAUUCCUCCAGCUAUAUCAGUGUGGUGAGAGUGCCACAACGUUCUGGUCUUUUACCGAGGUUGGUUCGUUCUAGAAAGGAAAUGGCAUUAUUCAAUCGAUGGAUGCGGAAGCGAAAAAAACGCAAUAGUCGGAUGAGAAGAAGUGCCAGGUCUGCACGAGCGGAUUUUGCAGCUUUACCCCUCGAACAUAAAGUUGUCCAACGGCAAGAAAUAUUCAAAUCAUUUCAGAAUGCUCUAAAUGCCCAAAGAACGAAUAGUCUUAUAAAAACAGCUGAGGCCAUGGGGCUUUUAGACCAAUCAUCGGAAGAUGCCAAACAGUCAGAAAUUGCGGAAAUCCUUGGUUUUCUUACAGCUUUGGAAAAGGUGAUUCCCACGGAAAAAGAAUUGAAGAAGAGUUUGCUGAAAAAUGCCAUCUACAAUGAAUAUACAGUGCGGGAAUUGGAGAUCUCUUUUAAAUUUAUCAAUUGGAAAAUGCUUCUAUCUGGAUUAUUUCCUCAUGACCCCUCGUCGCAUGAUUUAGUGAUUGUGCACGAUCCAACCUAUAUUCGAAAAAUAGGGAGAAUAAUUUCCCUCUUCGACCCAAGAGUCAUUUGGAAGAGUCUUCUUACUCUUUACUCUAAGGAUGUCCUUAGUGACAUCAUCACUGUUCAUCAUGGCCAAGCAAGAUGGCAAUAUUGCACCCAAGUUACUUCAAUGGUAUUUGGAGAAGCACUUUCCAGGCUAUUUUUACAAUCGGUAGCAGCCGAUAAAGAAAGGGAAAUUCUUUUGAAAGAGAUACAAAGUUUAUUUGACCUUAUUCGGAGUCACGUAUUAAAUGCAAUAAAUGGAACGUCAUGGUUACAUUCACAUAUGAAAGAACUUGCUAUGAUGAAGAUAUCCAAAUUAGAAGGACAAUUUGUGGGAUCGGAAAUGUACCUCAAUGAGACGUUUCUCCAUUCACGAUACGACAAGCUUGACAUGUCAUCAGACUACUUUUCAAAUGUAAUUGGAAUGUUCAAGCACUUCAGAAAAAAUAUUUAUAACUUUCUACAAGAGCCAGUUGACCGGGAAACUUACACAUGGAAUCUGAUAUCUUUCCCUUUCACAGUUAAUGCAUUCCAUUUACAACAAUUAAACAGUAUUGUUAUUCCAUUAGGGUUACUUCAAGAAUCCCAUUUUACUCGCAACGUGCCACAGUACCUGAACUUAGCUUCCUUAGGUUUGACAAUGGCUCAUGAAAUUCUCCAUGCAUUGGACAACACUGGAAGAGACUUUAAUUCGGGUGGAUCGUUGCAUCAUUGGUGGGACCCGAAAGCACAAAGAGCUUUUCAAAACAUUUCAAAAUGUUUUAUCGAACAAUAUGAACAACACUUUCGAAGACCUAUUAAGAUUGAUGCCAGGAGUAUACUCUUAGAGUGAACCAAGAGUGGAUUCGAUCCAAGUCCUUUGCAAGGCUACUGGAAUCUUGCCCAUUCCUACCACAAACUAUCUUCGUAUCGUCAGCUUAAGAAGCGCCCGGAAUCUGUGCUGGCUAGGAGGAAGGACUUCAUGAAUAUCAAGAAAUUCACCAAGUUUGAAGUUCAUGAUCUCUUCAAAUACCUUCGCAAUAUUUGAAGUGAGAGAUAUCGGCCUAAAGUUAUUGGGGAGCGACUUAUCUCCCCCUUUAAAAAUUGGAACAACACGAACUAACUUCAGAGAGGAUGGAAACUUGCCCUAAUUAAAGAUGCAACAUCAAGUGCGAGAAAACAGGAGCAAGAACCUGUCACAUCAGAGGGUCUUAAGUCUCUGAGGGCCUCUAAGGAAUCUUGAUCUGUGGAUACAGUAUCAUCUAAAUGCUCAAUUUGACUAGCCUCGUCAUUAGAGCGAUGAGCUCUUACUCCUAAACUCAGUGAGGUUGAAAACAAACAAGAUAACUGCGCCCAGUUUUUUAAAGCGAAGGAGGGAAUCUCAGAUCGAGAUAAGAACGCGCAAUAAUACUAUAUAAGUUGGAUCUUUUUUCGAUCUAAGAUUCACGCAUUCGUUAUAACAAACCAGGCUCUAGUCAUCAAGCAUGUUAGCCAUAACCUCUACAUUGCCUAUGGCUUCAGCCUCGACCUCAAAGAGCCCAUCAGGGUGCUUCGUCUUUCUUUUAGAGUUUACAUAAAACAAAAAUGCUUUCCGGUUCGACCUGACCUCCUGAACUAUCAGUUAAUAAGUGGUCAUUUACGUUAGAUGCCGUAAUGUUACCCUGAAUUACGUCCAACUUUUUUGGAAACUAGCCACGACUACUGGAUUCAAAUUGCUCUGGAGCCUUGCAUGGAGCAAUAAGAUAUUGCUCAUAAAUUCUAUGGAAUUGGAAACAGACAGGAGAACUGAUUUCCAAGUAUGUCACAUUGCCUAUGGCUUCACCCUCGACCUCAAGGGGACCUACAGGGUGUUUCAUCUUUCCCUCCUGAACUACCUUACUCUCCUGUUUGAAUUGGUCAUUCUUAAUGGAGGCAUUAAUCUCUUAAUCUUGCCUUGAAUCAAGUUCAACUUUCUUUGGAGACUAGCCACAACUAUUGGAUUCAAGUUGUUCUGAAGUCUUUUUGCUACUUUACAUCUCUUUUUGAACAAAAUCUGUUUGUUUUUUGGAAGCUUUUUCCGUAUCGUACCUUAGCCAGGCCGACAUUCUAAAUCUGAUAUACCUAAAAAACUGUCCAAACCAUUUUUUACGUAUGUGGUCGUACUUUAAAAAGGCAAACAUCUUAAAGUAAGGAUCUUAAGAAUGAAAUAACAGGUAACAUGCCAAAUCGUGAAUGGAUAUUCGACCCAAACCAAUCUCAGUCACACUGACAUUUUUGGGGGUAACAUAAAACGAAUGCGAGGUCACAUUUUUCUAAAAGUAAACCAAUGAUAAAUAAAACCAUUUUAAUCAGGGUGAGAGCAUAUUGAUCAAGAGACCUUGAAAAGAAAAGAUCAAGCUUAUUUUUGUUUUCAAGUCCAAUGAAACUGUACGUGAAAAUGAACUACUUUCCCAAGAUUCAGCUUUUUCUUUUUUUUUCUUCAUCACCAUCUAUCAAAAUGGACAGCCUUGAUCAUUAAAAAGUUUCUUUGUUAUCAUUAUCUUUAUCACAAAAAAAGAAGAAACGCAAUGAUUAAAAUGUCAUAUCACCUUGAACUCAAGCACACUCUCCAGGUUAAAACUAUCAACAUGUUGAACACCCAAAAGAAUUUCGAAGUAUCUCUAAACCCAUGUGUCAGUGUCAAAAAGUUAUGGCAUUCUUUCACGUUUGUACGCGUAAAAAACUGUUGAUUGGUUAGUGCAAGCACCCUUUAAGACAUACUGCAUAAAACUGGUUUGUCUAAGUGGUCCGAAUAAUUCUUUUUCGUGUCGAUGGAGAAAGUUAAGAAAAUAAUUCACUUCUUAAUUAUGUUCAAGUCUUGCCGCACAAUUGUUUU